AUUGAAAUUUUCUUUAUUUGUUGUAUAUAAUAAGAAAAUAUACUUUUUUUGUUAUUAAAAACACAAAAAAAUUGUUUUAAAAUUUAACAAUGGCAACUGCUGGUCCAGUUCGUACUAAUUGGCAUCCUUCCAAGAAACACAGUGAUGUCGAAAGAUGGAUUUGCAUUUAUCCAGCCUACAUUAACAGCAAGAAGACACGACAGGAAGGUCGUCGUUUACCCAAGGAAAAUUGCGUAGAAAACCCAACAUAUGCUGAAAUCAGAGAUGUUUUGUCUGUUACCAAUUUAAAGGUCGGAGUGGAAAAUAAACAGUACUGCCGUGAGAAAAGUAGGGAACUUAAAUUCCGUGGCAGAAUACGCGUACAAAUGCGUAAUGACGAUGGUACUUUCUGCAAUCCCGAAUUGGAAAGUCGUGAAGCAAUUAUGUUAUAUGUGGCUAAUAGAAUUCCUCAGUUGAAAACACGUCAGGGAAAACCGGGAGGCGAAGCGCCAGCGCAAUAUCAACAAGUUCAACAACCCAGCAGUUCCGGCGGUGGUGGUGGCGGUGGCAAGAAAGGCAAAGGCAAGAGACGUUAAUUCUUCAUUGUGUUUUUAAAUAAUUUCAAGAAAAAUCUUUUUUGGUGUUUCGCUUUUGUUAUACAUUACUUCUACAUAUUUAAUUUCGAAAAUAAAGAAUUUUUGCAAACAUAUUUUAUUUUGCAAAAAUACAUAAAACAA